GUCGUGGUUUAUUUUUUUUCGAUAAAACCGGGAAUAACGCCGAACGCGAAUGCUAUGCUAUCGGUCCGACGGCCUUUCGGAAAUCCUUUUUCAGGCUUAGUUCAGCAUUUGCCCAUCUGUAUCUGGCAAAUUGUUGGUGAGCCUUUGCUCCUAUCAUGCCUGGGAAGGUGGAGGCCUUGAGCGAGCUGGAGAAGCUCCAGCAGCAGAAUCGCGAAGCCAACCGCAAGGUGCUUCAGGAGCUUGGUCUGCUUGAACCGUUACCACCUCUGCGAUCUGCGAUUCGUGUGAAGAAGCGACCAGCGCCUGCCAUCAAGAGCCGACCAGCCAAGAGGCCCCGUCCGCAGCCGGAGCGAGAUGAUGCUGAGUACGGCACUGAGCUGACAGAAGGACGCCGGCGGUCCACCCGCCAAUCGAACAAGCCGGUGAAGUUCUCCUCGCUGGACUACGGGUCUGACGUGGAGGACGACUCGGAGGACGAGGACUAUGAUGACGAGGGCGGCCGGCGGAGGGCCAGGAAACCGUACACGCCGCGCAUCCGCGUGUCCGUACCCAAGAACAGAGAGAAUGUGUAUGGAGCCAUUCCGGGUGUCGCCGUGGGGACAUGGUGGCAGACGCGGCUCGAGUGCUGCGCGGACGGCAUCCAUCGUCCCACGGUGGCCGGCAUCCACUCGGGGCCCAGCGGGGCGUACAGCAUCGCUCUCAGCGGAGGAUACGAAGAUGAUCUGGACUGGGGCGAAUGCUUCACCUACACCGGUGAGGGCGGCCGAGAUCUCAAGGGAACGGCUGCGCAGCCGAAGAACCUGCGCACGGCGCCGCAGUCCAAGAACCAGGAGCUGACCCGCGGUAACCUGGCGCUCACCAAGAACGUCGAGACGCGCACCCCGGUCCGGGUGAUCCGCGGCUACAAACUGCAGAGUCCCUACGCGCCCGAGGAGGGCUAUAGAUACGACGGUCUGUACUGGGUGGAGAAGUUCUGGCUGUGCCGCGGACAGUCUGGCUUUAUGGUCUACAAGUAUGCCAUGAAGCGCUGCGAGGACCAGCCGCCGCCUCCUUGGGAGAGCGGAGCUGACGGAGAUUCCGCCUCUUGUGAUGAGCCGAUAUCUGAUAAAGAGGAGGACAAGGAGGAAGAAAAGGAGAAGGGAAAUAAGGUCAGUAAGGCGAAGAACGGUAGGAGGGGACAGGGACGGAAGAAGAAGGGACCAAAAGCAGCGAAGGAUGACAGUGAAGUGUCUCCUGGUGAGGAGGAAGAUGGAAACGGGAUAGAAGAGGAAACUGGUAAGGACGAGCAACAGGAGAUGGACGAAGAAAACGAGAAUGGAACUGCACCAGUUGAGCAGAUGGAAGAAGAAAACAAUGGAAAGGAGGCCGCGGAUAAAGAGAACCAAGAGCAAGAGGCCACCGAUGAUAAGAUAGGUGAGACCAAGAAGGCGCCUGCAGUGCGUGGCAAGAGGGGAAGGAAAAAGAAGGAAACGAAGGCUGAUCCCACCAAUGUGCUGAAGAAGGCUGCUGAUAACGUAGAACCAACUGGUGAGGAGACUGAAGAAAACAAAGGAACGGCGAAAGAGGAAGAUGAUGGAAAAGAACAGGAAGGAGGCGAGAAAGAAGAUGCAAAAGAUGAAACAGAGGAAGAGGUGAAGGAGACUGAGAAAAAUGCUGACGAAGAGUGACCCAGUGACAGUUGAGGCGGAGCAUUAACGACGAUUUGAGAUAAAGUACAACGAACGUCACUGGAGACAGUGAAAAGGAUGAGAAGUCGGUGUCGGAUGGGUGGACGGAACAUGCAUGAGGCUUAUUAGAGACGGCUUCAGAGACGAAAUGAUGGAGUCAAAAAACUAGGUGCAUGGACGUGGCUGGCCUAUAAGAACCGCGGGUCGUGUGCCUUAAGACCAGAUAAGGACUUAGAGAACGUCAUUGAUGUGUCCGGCCCGCACUAGUGUAUACACAAUGGAGAGACCCCACGUGUAUCGUUCGACCGCUUCCGUUUCUAGCCUUUUCUGGUCGAGCCGUGCGCUGUAGUGAUUUUUGGCGGCAUGCUACUGCCGGUGCUCGUGAACGGGAAGCGCGCUUCUCAGCAUGUGCGGUUUUAUAAGGUAUGUGAUUGCUUGGACUGCGGUAAAUGUGGGGUUCCCGUAGUUUUUUUUUCAUUGGUUUUGCAAGACUGAGCUUGUGCUUGUCUGUACCGAUGAAAGAUUGUCCAUGCCAUUUUGUCGUGUUUUGUAUUUGGGGACGUUAUUCACGGUUUUACUUCAAUUUUAUUCUUGCCUUCCGCGUACCGUUUUUAAACAUCGAUUUCAGAGAAGACGUGCAUUUAUUUCAUUGUUACUCAGCCAGAUCAAUAUUUCAUUCCAUGUUUACAACCGUGCCUACAACCAUAACAUGUGCAUUAAACAGUUUCAUAGUGUUUUAGGACUUUCGAAUCGGCCUGCCAUUGACCGCCGGGAGUACGCUGUUCAUCGAAUACCGUUGUGCCAUAAUUGCACUUCCCGUGUAUCAGUGUAAAUGACAUUUGAGGCAAUAAAUGUUCUUUUUUAAA